AUGAAGUCAUUUUGUUUGUUUGUUUGUUUGUUUCUUUCUUUUUUUCUUCCUUUCUUUCUUUCUUUCAAGAUAAUUUCAUUCUCAAUUUCUCCGUCUAUAAGUUUCUUUUUUUCUUCUCCCUUUCUUUUUUUCUUUCUUCGUUUCUUUCUUUCAGUUCAAUAUCAUUAUUUUUCUUUCUCACUUAAUUUCUCCUUAAAAGAUCUUUCUUUGACUCUUUCUUUUUUCUUUCUUUCUUUCCUUUCACUAUACUUCUUUCCUUCCUUUCAAGAUCAUUAUAGCAUUUCUUUCCUUUCACGAUCUUUCUUUCUUUCUUUCUUUCUUUUUACGAUACUUCUUUCUUUUCCUUCCAAGAUCAUUCUGUCUUUCCUUUCACGAUCUUUCUUUCUUUCUUUUCCUUUCACGAUUUUUCUUUCUUUCUUUCUUUUUGACGAUACUUCUUUCUUUCUUUUCCUUUCAAGAUCAUUCUUUCUUUCCUUUCACGAUCUUUCUUUCUUUCUUUCUUUUCCUUUCACGAACUUUCUUUCUUCCUUUCCUUUCCUUUCAUCAUUUCUUUCUUUCCAUUUAACGUCAUUCUUUCUUUUUCUUUCACGCUUUCUUUUCACAAUCUUUUCUCUUUUUCUUUCUGAAACCAUCUUUUUUUUUUCUUUAAUACUCUUAUUAAUUUUUUUAUUAAAAUUAUUUCUCUCUUUUUUUGGUCUUUUUUAUACACAUUCUUUAUUUCUUUUCUUUCCAUAUUUCCUUUCUCGCUUUCAGUUUUUCGUUAUUAUCCAUUCUUUCUUUUUCUUUCUCACUCUUUUCCAUUCUUUGUAUUAA